AUGGCUGAAUUUCACCAAGAAGACGCCUACUACCCUAUCAUAGCAGCCAAUAAAUGGAACGAGGAGGAGCAAGAAGAGAUUCACGAGGAAAACCCAAAAUUGGGUCUUGAUGAAUCCCAAGAAAUUGAGUACGAGGGGGAGAAUUUUGAUAAGGAGUCAGAUGAGGAUAAAGUCAGCAGAGGGAUCCUUAGCAAGCCUUACCCUUUUGGAGCAAUACCAAACCAACACGUAGAGCAGGAGGACCCUACCGACCGUCUAUGCUCUCUGGAGGAAGAAGUGGCCACCAUAAGGCAAUAG